UCAUCUUCUAAGGGACAUACAGGAAAUGAAAAAGGCCCCAAUUCUAUACAAGCAGAAAUGUACAGCUCUGAUAACAACACUAGUGAUAUUGUUCACUUUCAAAUGGAGGACUAAUGUUGACUCUCGGAAUCCAUGGAGGCCCAUGAAGAAAAGCCAAUAAUCUACACUAUGGAAAACAAGCCGAUUGUGACAUGUGCUGGCGACCAGAGCCUGUUCACUUCUCUCUACACCUCUCUGGCACAGCAGUUACCCAGGGAGCCCAUGGAGUGGAGGAGGUCCUACGGACGCGCACCAAAGAUGAUUCACCUCGAGGCCAACUUUGUUCAGUUCAAAGAGGAGCUACUUCCUAAGGAUGGAAACAGAGCCCUGCUCACCUUUCCCUUCCUGCACAUAUACUGGACAGAYUGUUGUGACACCGAGAUGUACAAGGCGUCGGUGAAGGAUGACAUGCUGCGGUGGCAGAGCACCCUGCGGCUGCACGGCUCGGUGGACUGGCUCAUCGUGGUGGUGGAGAGCGAAGCCAAGAAGAAGAACAAGACCAACAUCCUGCCACGCACCUCCAUCGUAGACAAGAUCCGCAACGACUUCUGCAACAAGCAGAGCGACAGGUGUGUGGUUCUGUCGGACCCUCUGAAGGAGUCGUCUCGGUCCCAGGAUUCGUGGAGCUCCUUCCUGACCAAGCUGCGCACCUUGCUGCUCAUGUCCUUCACCAAGAACCUGGGCCGCUUCGAGGAYGACAUGCGCACGCUCCGCGAGAAACGCACCGAGCCCGGCUGGAGCUUCUGCGACUACUUCAUGGUGCAGGAGGAGUUGGCCUUUGUGUUUGAGAUGCUGCAGCAGUUUGAGGAUGCCCUGGUCCAGUACGACGAGCUGGACGCUCUCUUCACUCAGUAUGUCCUCAACUUUGGGGCUGGAGACGGGGCCAACUGGCUGGGCUCGUUCUGUGCUCCGGUGAAGCACUGGAGCGGGCUGCUCCUGCGGCGGCCCAUCGACAUGGAGAAGCGCGAGCUGAUCCAGCGCGGCGAAGCCAGCCUGCUGGACCUGCGCAGCUACUUGUUCUCCCGCCAGUGUACYCUGCUCAUCUUCCUCCAGAGGCCCUGGGAGGUCACCCAGCGAGCCCUGGAGCUGCUGCACAAUUGUGUCCAGGAGCUGCGCCUGCUCGAGGUGUAUGUGGUCCAGGGGGCGUUGGACUGCUGGGUGUUCCUCAGCUGUCUGGAAGUGCUCCACAGGAUCGAGGGCUGCUGCGACCGUGCCCAGCUAGAGGCCAACUGCUCCCACACUGUCGGCCUGUGGACCUACGCCACAGAGAAGCUAAAGUCUCUGGGAUACCUGUGUGGCCUGGUGGCUGAGAAGGUCCCCACCUCCGAGGACCUAAACCGCACCGUGGACCUUCUGGCUGGCCUGGGGGAAGAGAGACCAGAGACGGUCAACAGCCUGCAGAGCCCUUACAAAAAACUCAAUGAGGCCUUAUCGUCUGUGGAGGCGUUUGAAAAACACUAUCUGUGGGCGCUUCGCUACCCCCCGCCCUGGAGCUUUACGAAAUGCAGGACCGCAGCCCGUCGGACAGCUCGCUCAACUCCACGGGAGUGGUGUGUAAGAACAUGCACCUGCUGCUGCGGCGCCACGACAGCUCAGCCUCCCUAGACACGCCCACCGCCGGGGCCCUCCCGGCAGCGGUCGCCGUGGACGACGGGGCCCAGAUGUUGAGGGCAMGCGACAUAACGCUGCAGCCCGGCGACAACAGCAUCUUGUUCACGGCCCCGACUGGAGAGCCGGGCUCGUACACGUUACGUCAGCUGUGCGGGAGCGUGGGGAGAGUCCAGUUUGUCCAGUCUCACAUCUACCCUGUGGUGCAGUACGAGGUCUACUCCCAGGAGCCUCAGCUCACCAUCGAGCCCCUCUCAGACAACCUGUUGGCAGGCAUUCCCCAGAAGGUGAAGUUCACCAUACCGCACAGGCCAACUUACGUCUGCUGCUCUGCUACCGUCCUGUCCAGCAAUGGGAGGUCAGCCUUCCUUCCAUCCACUCUGGGGUCGAGCGUCAAGGAGCGCAUGGGGAGAGUGCUCUUCGCAUCCAGUCAUCGGAGAAGUGCCAGCAUCUCCCUGCCCCCACCCCUCCCAUACCACACCCUGGAGUUCCAGCUGGAGGUGCUGUGCCACAUCCCCCCCACGCCCCUCAAGCCCGACAUCGAGCGUCUCACCAACGGCGAGGUCCGCCACCGGCCCAAGAGCCACAGCCAGGCAGACAGUGGCAUGAUCAACAUCGACCAAAAGGUCUCCAUCGACUGUCCUUGGUCCAUCUACUCCACUCUCAUAGCCCUAACCUUCUAUGUCCCUUUCAAAGCCAAGCACUCAAUACUCUCUGCUGGGAAAAGGAAGUACAUACAGGUGUGUCUCCAGAACGUGUCCGACACAAACUUCCAGCUGGCAGACCCGGUCCUCACAGAGCGCCAGCCCACAGUCUCGAUGGAGCUGCUCUCACUCAAUGUUAAAACACAACAGCCGGUGUGCAGUCAGCAGUCMGUGUUCUGCCUGUGGGAGAUGCGUUGGGCCAAACCCCUCCCGCUGUGCCUGCAGUGUGCGUUCUCCGCCAGCUUCGCGCCCGCCUCCGCCUCGGACGCACACACAGCCUUCAAACCCUACUGCUACGAGUUCCAGCUGGACCGGGUCUCUACCCUUUACAGCUUGAAGGCCGAGAUCUUGCCGCCGUCCGGCGACCAGCACUGUCGCACCGGCGCCCUCUGUGGCCUCGAGGUGUCCAUCACACGGCAGGCGGAGCCCAGCGAGACUGAAGGGGAGGAGGAGGAGUCUACAGAAAUAGAGGGCCUGAGGACCACCAAGCUCAUGUAUGAAGUGGUGGACAACAGCAGUAACUGGGCGGUGUGUGGCAAGAGCUCGGGGGUGGUGUCCAUGCCCGUGGCUGCCAGCGCCACACACAGGGUUCAGAUGGAGGUCAUGCCCCUGUUCGCCGGUCACCUGCCCUUCCCCAACAUCAAAGUGUUCAAGUACCUGCCCCACAACGCCGUCCCAGCCAUUCAGCCCGACACAGACAGCUGCUUAGAGAACGACACCAUAUCCCUGCUGGACAAAGGACUGGACGACCAGGGCGACACGGCCAGCAUCCGCAGCCGGGGCAGCGUCCACUCGGUGGGCAGCGGGGAGCAGCAGCGGGAGCAGCAAAGGGGUCUGCCCAUGCCCCGCCUGGAGCCCUUCACUCCGGGACAGGUGUUCUAUCGGAGCCAGGGGCGGCAGGUGCUGGUGCUGCCCGUUACUGACGACCACGUGAUGGAGGUUAACGUCACAUGACCCCUGUGGGCCGCUGCUGCAMCCCACCACGCCCCCACCACGYCUGGACCUCUGUGGUUUGGUUCCUGGCUGUGGUUCUGGAACCGGGAGGUGGCCUGGCGGCAGGGAACUGACACUGRCUCUCCUCUCAGGACUCAUUGCUGGCCGGCCACUGGCCCUGCUCCUGUUCUGGCCUGAGUUCCAUCUGCUGUAUUUUUAUCUUGUCAGUCUUUUUCAUAUGAAAAUAGCCCUCUCUYCCCCCCCACUGUCAGAGAAGAGGGUUUGGUGCACCUGUAAAACUAGCUCUCUUAUUGGUUCUUGCUCCGUGGACACAGUAAACCGCUUAACUGUUCUGCGUAGACUCCCCCUCCUACGCACCUGUGAUCGGCUUGCUGGUUCCACUGAUCGUCAACACAACCUUCUGUACGGGGCACACUAACGUGUGUUUGGACAGGGGUGCUUCGUUUUGUGUUUUGUAUUGKUUGGUGUGUGUCUCUGUCUAUGCAUGACAUGGCAAGUUGUGAUGGAUGAAGGGACAGAGCGGGCCCAGUUAAUCGUGUGUGUGUGUGAGCAAUAUCUACUCCACUUUUCCUCUUCACUCACUCCCAGCCCCUUGCCCCCAAACCCUGCUGUAUCCUCUUUCCUUUGCUGUAGUCAUAGCGCCACCCUYUGGCCACUGUACAAACUGUUCAAUAAGUACAURUUAUUCCAGAGAAAUCACAGUACUGACUGUGUGCAAAGGCUGCACCAAAAACACGUUGUCUCGGAGGAAUAUGUUAGAGAGAAAAUAUAAGUUUUGUUUUCGAGCAGGUGUGAGACGUGCGAACGAACACUUGCUUUUUGGCUUUGUUCGGGUUUUAGGGUUCACUGAAAUUCACUUAUUCAAGGAUCGGUGGAAUCUGAGAACAAUGGGAUGAAAUUGUACUUGGUUGUUUUCKGUGACUUUUUUUUGUUGUCUGAAAGUGACCGUCUGUUCGAAGUGUUACCAUCAUGUGUUCUGUCUGACUUUGUGGUUUACUUGAAUGCUGAGCAGGUAAAUUCUAUGUUUAGUAAAUGUGGUGUCUGACUUUUCUUCUUUUUUUUCUCAGACAUUCGCUGUUGCUAUGGUAACUGUCAGGAAAAGCACUUUCUUAUCAUAGCACAAUUCUUUAACGAAAACAAUUUAGAAGGAGGGGAAAUUCGCUUGUGUAAAUGCGAUGUUCAUUCGUUUAUUGACCUCUAUUUUUGUACUGUGUCGCCGGACAAGUUCUGGUUGUUGCUCUGUGUCGGUUGGUGCGAUUGGUUGGUAUCUACUGGAGGCCUAUGAGGGCUUUGGGCCUGAGGCCUAAGCACACCCUGUAGCACACCCCUUCAGCUAUACUGUCCUGUAUUCCUCCACCUCUGGGCUUGUAUCUAGCAUAAUCCCACAAAGUAGUGCUCACCGCCAGGAYGAAAGGCAGAAGACUUGUUCCCUCUAUCUCGCCAUCUUAAUGCAAGAGAACCCCUCCCACUCAGAUUCCACCUACAAAACUUAGUGGCAAAAAAAA